AUUUGUCAUUCUUCGAACGCGGUUCAUAACUUGACAUGCCUUCUUAUAAGUCUUUCCGUGCAUACAUUAUCGUUGACGGUAAACCUCUAGACGAGUACAGCCCAGAGAAGUCUACAAAAGACGGAUUGACUACAGUGACUUGCUGGGUUCCUUCUGUUGCCGGAAAGCAAUACCAAGUGCGAUGGAAAGAUACUGUUUUCAAAGGGACUAGCAACGGACGGUUUCGCAUAGACGGAACAAGCUGUGGAGGACAAGUUAUAAAAAAGAGAAAUAAGGCGAUGAUAAAGAAAGGACUCCGUAUUUCUCCGACUUCCUCAAGACUAUUUGAAUUUGCUCUUAUGAAACUGACAGACGAUGAGGAUUCUUUUGCCCUAGACAUGCCUGGAAAUAUCGGUGAAAUUGAGUUGCGCAUUCGAUAUUGGAGUCAGACUGGACGAGCCAUUAGGGAGAAAAUUUCAAAGCCACCGGAAGAAGAAACGUAUAAUGAGUCAACAAAGAAAGGAAUAGACCAUCAGACCAGAUUUGGUACAACUGCGUAUGACGAGAAACCAUCCUAUAAAAAUCUCGGUGAACCCAUUGGUAAAUACUUCUUGCGGUUCGUCUUCCGGUACCGGCCUUUAGAGGUGCUUCGUGCUCAUGGUAUCGCCCCUCCUGCACCAUCCACUUCUCAAACAAAUGACCUCCCUCAAUCCUCGAAACGACCUCGUUCUUCAAGUAUGCAAGGCGUCAGACCAGGCAGUCUUGGAAUAAUUGAAAUAUCAGACGAUGACGACGAUCCGCAAAAGGAGAUGGAGAACCUUCAGAGGCGUCUAGAUGAACUCCGAGCCAAGCAUCCGGACACCCGUGACCGUAAAAGAGUCAAAAGAGAGUCUGGUGUUGCCAGUAUCAAGACAGAACAACCAAAAGAACCUGUCUUCAUUGAUUUGACCCAGCGGACAUAAGAUAGAUUUUCGUCGAGGGCUAAUAUGAACCUUGCUGAACUUUGAAGUCAUUGUUCAUUGUACAAUACUCAUCCCCGGAAACUAUAAUUCAUUGCAUUGUAACUCCAAC